UUCUGCAGCUCUGGGGCGGCAUAGGAGAUCCUACUCGUGGGCUUAGGCUUCCCUAGCGGGAGCUCUGAGGCGCGGCUGGGGGAAAGGGCAGCGUUUGGAAUCACUCACAGCCGCCGUAGGGCCCUCCGUGCUUGUGGGAGGCUAGUGCUGAGGGCAGCGUAGCGCUCCUCUGUAAGCACAGCCCAGGUGGGAAGCAUCCCCGUGAAGCGUCGGGGCGGGGUCUCGCCCACCCGCCCGCUCCCGGUGGGCGCGGAGCUGAGGCCGUCUGUGGAGAGUUGCUUUAAUCCUCCGCGCCGCCAGAGGGCGCUCAGCGCCUCGAUCCCCUCAGCGUGGGGCGGUGCUGCGCCUGCGCGCCGUUCGAACGGGCUGGCGGCUGCGGCGGGGAGCGCGGGUGUGUGCCUCAGCGCAGCUCUGCUCUCUCGCAGUUCGCUGCUGUCAUCCUCUGAUCUCUUUUUGAAGGAUGUCCGCGUUGGCGGACGGAGAAACGCCCCAGAAUGAGCGGAAAGGGGGAAGAUUCGUGAAGUCCCGCUACCUGCAGUACGCCGAGAAGGAUUUCAGUAAGAAUGCUUCAGCAAAAUCCUUUUCGUCAUCAGCUUCUAGUGCAUCUUCCACAGCUAAAGCAAGAUCAGUGCUCUCUCAGAAAUCUGAAGCUUCUGCUGGUGUUGCCUCUGGCUCAUUAAGUCAGAGUAGUUUUGAGAGAAGUGACUUACAAUCCACUUUAUUAGAUGGAGAUAAAAUUACUCGACCAGACCUCGAUCUUUCAGUUAUUAACGAUAAAGCUGUCCGCUGGAAAACUACUAGUUCAAAGGCUUCUUGCAAAGCAGAUAAAGGGACAUGUGUAGAAAAGCAGAAAUCGAAAAACAAUCCCAGUGUUCUGGGGGAGGAGCUAAGAUCUCAGGAGCUGAUUUUAACUUACCUAAGAGUAAAGCAGGAAAAGGAUCUGGCUGAGCUUGAGGAAAAAGCAGAACAAAACUUGUUAAUGUUGUGCGAAGAAAAGGAGAGGCAGCAGGAGAAGCUCUAUGAGUUGAAGCGUGAAAUUCUGCUCAAAGAGAGAGAGGAAAAGCUCGAGGAGGAGUUAGUAAAACAGAUGGAAGUGCUUUCUCCUCUUCUUCCUCUUCUUGAACGGUUUAAAGAGCAGUACAAAAGCUUUGCAGUUGCUCUGGAUGCCACUAGACAUAAAUUACCCAUUAAGAACAUUCACAUAGAGGGAGAUAUGCCAACAUACCUAGACGAACUGCAAAAGCAGUUAGCUGUCACACGAGAACUUCUGGCAGAAGUUGUGCCAGGCUCCUCAGAAGAAAGUGCAAAAGCAUUCAGUGAACUCCAAGAUACAGAAGAGGUGUUUCAGAAACUGGAGAAAGAGCUUCAGAGGAGCUUCACACAAGUGCAGAACCUGUCAUAUGAAGCUAGUAAAGAAGUUUCACUGCAUAAUCAAAGAAUAUGUGAAGACAGUCAUGGACUAGAUGUUGUGAAACACUGGUACUUCAACUGAGUUUGUGUGAUUUUUUGUGUUUUAUUCUUGUUUCUUUUUUGCUGAUUGGUGGGUACUAAAUCAGUGUCAGUAGACUUGGGGUUUUUUUGUUGUUUAUUGUCUUUGAUUUGUUCUCUGUCUUUGCUUUACUUAUGAACAUACACAUCCAACUUUCCAGUUGGAUGAAUAUGAAACCGGCAGCAUGUAUGACUAAUAUAAAAAAAUGGAGUUUUGUUCUGCUUACUGACCUAUAAGGAGACAUUUUUUUUAAACAGCCGUUUCUGUGACGCCUUUAUCAUCACUUGUUGCCUUGACAAUAUUGAAAGUUAAAUCAAAUGUUAUUCUUAGCAAAUAUGAACUAUGUAUUCUUAAACUCCUUUUACUUUCUUGCACUUGGCUUCAAGUGCACUGGUUUGCAACUCUUCUCGAAGCAAUAUUCCUUAGAGGGCCACGUAUCAAGGUAUAGAUGUGGAACUGUGUUUGUUGUACUGUACGUUCGUUGAUCCAGACAGGAGGACCAGGAGGAAUGCACAGCGUGGUCAUUAAUCACUCGGUGAGCAGCUCCUGGAGGAACUCAUAAUUGUCCCUUAUAUCUGGAUUUUUGAAGAGGAAAAGCAAUGUGGGUAGCAAAGAAUGAGGCUGAUGAACUGAAGGGGCCAGGUCGCUUGUAACAAGUAGAAAGUUUUUGGUAAAUUGUUGCCUAAUUCUCUUGGAAAUAAAUUACUGAAACAUAAAUGCUUUUGUAUUGACUUGAUGCCUUCUCUUUAAGUACUUUAUUUAUUUAUUUUACAAUAAAGACUGUUUUUCACUGUUGUAUCAGAA